GCACGAUGCGCGCGUGGUCUGCGCACGACAACGCAUGAUGGCCGCUGCGCUGGGCAAGGAAUCCGGGAGCGGUGAUCGCGCUCGCGGCUGUUGUAACCGAAAUCUGAAUUUCACUCUUUCUCGGCGCACAUCGCUUCCAUGGAAAUUCCCACAAAUGUAUCGCAUUUUCCCAUCUAUACCGAAGAGGUACACAGAGCUUUGGCAUACAUAUAUGUGUAUAUGUGUGUCAUGGACGCAUGGAACCACGGAAACAUGUCGUGUAGUAUUAUGGCGCCAAAAUUUUACCGUACGCGUGGAUGGAUAAACAAUUAAUUUUUGCACCGAUGAACCGUGUUACGUUUUGAAAGUUUCACGCGCAUGGUGACGAGGUAUGAAAAAUAUCACGCAGUAUUUCGACGAUAGCGUUAAAUCUGUUAACGGUGCAACGAGUUGCGCUAACAAUGAAACGAUGAGGGAAGAAUACUCGCACGAUAAAAAAGGCUCGAGAGGGAAGCGUAGUCGUGUAAAAAUUAGAAUAUCCCGAUCGAGUACAAGCGAAAGGAUAUGUGACAUCGUAGAGAAUAGUAACGAUAUGAUCGACAAAACACCUAGUCCGUUCUCGAAGGAGAACGGUAAGAAUGAAAAUCAACGCGAUACACCGAAAAGAUCUUCAACUUUAAAAUCGAUAUUAGCAACGAGGAACAAAACGUUAACCGACAACGGCCAGAAUAUAAAUCAUAAGGGAUCAAACAAUUUUAAUGGUAGCAGUGACAGUGAUAACAGUAGUAACGAUGGUAAUAGCAAUGACAAGAAGAAGCAGAAGAAGCGGUUCAGUGAAGAUUGUCCCAAGGUUUGUUCGGAGACCGAUAAAAGAUUGAAAAAGGAACUGAUCGAUAAACUGGACGUUAGUAGAGACAGUCGCACGAGCGGAAAUAGUAAAGUCAAGGAUAAAAAAAUGAUCGAUGACGACACGAUGGAAUUAAUAAAUGUCGAUCCUAACGACGAGGGCGAAAGCGGUAAAGACGAAUGCUCGUCGAAUGCUUUUGCGAUUUUGAUGGGCCAUAAUAAGCCAGUGGCACAGUGUCCCGCGGCGCAAACGAAAUUCAGUCCCCCGGAUGCAAAAGCAGAUGCUAAAAGAUCGGAGGAAUGCAGGGAAAAAUUGAAACGUACCAAGGAAAGGCUCGAAGCUUUGGCCGAUAAAAGAGGACGUUCCAAGAGGAAAGUCGCGGAGAUGGAAGAAAGUGAAAAGAUAGAAGAAAUGAUAAAAGAUCGGCUAAAACUUUUCAAGGGAGAGAAGAAGAAAGACAACGGCGCGAUCACGACCAAUUUAAGCCAAAAGCAAUCGGCCGGCACGUUAUUGAAUUAUUUCAGCAAAGCACCCGUGGAUUUAAAUACUGCGGGCGUAACUACCGUCGUGGUGAAAGCCGAUGUACACGCGACCCAGAGCGAUGAUCAAUCCCAGAGCCGACCGACCAAGAGAUCGAUUAAAAUUAAACAAAUACGCAGAAGCAGGAGGAUACGCAGGAACAAAGGAUCGGAUUUCGAUUUGUCUCGAGUGGAUGACAUAAGGAUCGUAGAGUCCGAUAACGUCGAUGUUCUCGGUAACGAGGGCGGCAAACGUGACAGGCGGCAGACGAAAAGAGGUAAAUGGUCGUUGAAAGUGAAUCUUCGAGCUUCCGAGAACGUCGAGGAUACCAUUCUAGUAAGCAGCAGUAGCAGCAGCAGCAGCGAUGAAGAAAUAUUUACGGCAAGAAGGACCGGCACUGAAUUAAACAUGGAAAAUCGUAAAAAAUGUGGGACGUCAAAAAGCGUAGAUCUAAAAACUUCACCGACGACAAAGGGUAAGAAGACUGAAAAAACCGUUUCGAAGCAGGCCAACGGUGCGACGACGAAGCUGCGCAAAAAGAAAGGCGGAGAACCGACGGAGAGUAAACAGCAGGAAUUGGUCAAAGGCGAUGAAUACCAAUCGCGUCCGAUGGAACUUAUCGUUCUCGCGGAGAACAACGAUACGCAGAGUCAACAGAACGGCCAACAGUGGCCGGUUCGUGAAAACGAUCGAAGAAGGAAGGCGGCUAAGCUGGCACCUUUAUUCGCGAAACGAAAGAAGCCGGAUCCAGAGGCGAUGGCUGCACGUCGAUUAUUUUUACGACCAAAUACGACGGACACUUGUACGAAAGGUACAAAUCGGAAGAUGGGAUCCGUUUAUGGUACGUUAUCAUCGUUCCCGUUGAUAAGCCAUGUCACUCAGUUGAGCAGCCGUUCAGCCGUUUUUGACGGAUGUAAGAUUCCGAACGAGAUUCCGAAGGUGCCGGCCAAACACGUUCCACUAAUAGAUUCAAGCAAUUUUAAAGACGUGAUAGACUGGUCAAAUGGAAGGUCGUCGUCGUCGUCGUCGUCCAAGUCCAAGUCCAAGUCCAAGUCCAAGUCUGUUGAGAAACUGGCCAGACCCCCCAGGGUCUCGGAUGUAUUGGCAGAAUUAGGGAGAAAUUGUUCGAACGUGAAGGAAAUAUGGGAUGUUAUCUCUGUCAUUAAGGGAGGAUCGAACAAAACGAUCAAAUACCCAAAAUCAUCGUUGACGGGUAAAAGAAGGAAACAAUCGGAGACGAAGGAGAAGAUCGAAUCGAUCGACGAGGAACAGCUCGAGUAUUGCAGUUGGACUUACAAAUACAGGCCGAGACGUUCUGGACAAGUGAUUGGAAACGAUGAAGCUGUUAGAAAGUUGAAGGACUGGUUGAUCGGAUGGAGCGCAAUUUCUGCUGCGACGAACGGAGACAGUGGUGAUGAAUUUUACCAGUCCGACAAUAGUCGUUCGACGAGUAUCGAAAGUAAUCAAGUAGCCGUGCUGCUCGGACCACAUGGAUGCGGUAAAACGGCCAGCGUAUACGCGAUAGCCGAAGAAUUUGGUUACACCGUGUUGGAAUUAAACGCGUCGUCUAGAAGGACAGGGAAGAAACUUUCGAAGGAGUUCGAGGAAGCGACCAAAUCGCAUCGGAUCAAGAAUAAUAACGGCAAGGCAGCUGCUGUUGCUGCUGUUGCUCCUCCUACCGCUCUUUACUACGAUACGAAUUUAGAUGAAAUCGAAUCGAAGGACGUGCCACAAAACUCUCUGAUUCUUCUGGAGGACGUUGAUCUUAUAUUCGAAGAGGACGAAGGUUUCGUUUCGGCUGCCUAUCAGUUGGCGUCCAACUCGAAGCGUCCGAUCGUAAUGACUUGCAGGGACGUUUGUCCUCAUUUGAGUAAAAUGGCACCUCAGCAAACUAAAAUUCAUUUUCAACGACCCAGCGGCAACGCGGUAUCCGUUCUGUUGGAAUUGAUUUCGAUGGUAGAAACUGGUUACAGGCUGCCGAGCGAUCGUAAAAUCGAUCUAUUGCAAACCGGCGACUUACGAAGGUCUUUAUUACAACUGCAAUAUUUAUUGCUGUCCGGUCCACUAAAAAUUCUCGACAGAAGCGUCAAUUUGAAGAAUUCAUUUUGGCACAGCGUGCUGUGCAACGUAUACAAGCCGGCGAUUAAAGUAAGUAAACGGUCGAAGAAGAGGUCGAAAGCGUCGAGCAACGAAAAGAUCAAUGAUAAAAGUAUAUUAAUUGAUCUAGCUAGUAAAUUAGAUGAUAUAGCGUUAAUGUCGUCUUUGACCGACGUUCAGGACACCGCGUUGGAUCUGUCCGAAAUAAAAAUUCAACCGAACUUGUCCUUGAUCGAGGACACGUCUACGUAUUCGUCUUCUAGUGACGUGUGUCUAGAAAUAAGUGAAUGGAUAGGAAACAAAGUAAUGCGGACAGGACAGUUUAGCGACAGCGAACUACAGCUUCAUAACAAUAUCGUGCUCAGAAAACAGAUAAACAAGAACGUAGACUUAGUUUUAGCGCGUGCUACCACGUUCGUGUUGGAUCGUCGAAUUCUGGCUAUGGAUUAUCUCCCAUCUGUAAGAGCAAUAUGCAGAGCGGAGAAGUCGCGAGCCACCGCGAACAGUAAAAGGGGAAAUCGAUUCUUUCAUUAUCUUCAUAACUUGAAAGUAGCAGCAGCAAUGGCGGCGACGACGACGACGACGACGACGACGACAAUGACCGCAGCGUCGGUGUUCAAACCGAACAUUUUAACAGCAGCGUGCGACAUGAUGCACGACGCGAUCCGAGACGAUUCAGAGACGAGUCGGAGUUGAAACGACCCGAGCUUUGCGUAGCUCUGUUGCACGUAUGUGUAUAUGCACGUGUGUAGCCUGUAUUGUACAUGGACGUCAUUAGGAAAAGUUAAUCCAGUCCGGUGGAAACGUUUUUCUUUAAAUUUGGCCACGGUCUAACGAAAGUGUGAUCUGCUGUGCGACCGCCGAAGAGAACUUGCUGACGUUAAACCGGAGACGACGUAUAGCUUAUUUCUUUAUCUCUUUCUAUUUUUUGAUAAACCGAAAUCUCUGAAUGCCCAUGUAAUUUUUAAGAAAUUAAAGAGACAGUAAACGGUAAACGCUUUUGCGCGUUGCACAAAAAACUGUUCACGUGUGUGCGUUAGUAUUGGAAAAUAUUGUACAUAGUUGUGAAACGUUGAAACAUAGCAGGACGUGUGUCUGGACGAAUCGACGUCGUGUACGAUGAAUUCGAUACGUCGUGUAUCGAUGGUUUUAUAGAGUUUGAUAAUUUUUAAUAGAAAAGGAAAACGCGACGUAGAUACAGGUAGAUGUAUCGUGGUGAUACGUGUGGUACAACGUAACGUUGUCUGCCGACACCGACCGAUACAGUGAAAUCGUCUUAUGAUUAUAUAAAUAAAAAUUUAUGCUUACUGUUGA